UGCUCUACGAUGUUUAUUGUUUAACCUGGGCAAGUGAUUCCAUUCCAGCACAAAUUUCAGAGAUCUUUUUUAAAUAUCAAAUAUUUUAUAGCCUUUUCGGGUAGCCCUAACACGUUUUCCGAGACGUCGUGCGGGAACUUAACACAUAAGCCAUGGCAAACCGCAUCGCUUUCCAGACACAGUUAGCCUCCAUUAUGGAGGUGCUGGCAAACGCAGCCGUGGCUGAGAUAUGUAAACUCGUAGACGACGACUAUGCUGUUAUAACCCUGCAGAUGACUCAAUGCCAGCGUGAAAACAAAGCCCUGAAGAGGAAGCUUCACAUACUGGAGCUAAAGAUGGCACGAGGGUCGGCGGAGAGGAGGAUUAACGCACUGAAUCGCGCUAACAGGGUUCAAGUCAGCACCGCCUUGUCAUACAAAUUCAGGAACCAAACAAACGUCUCGUAUGAAGCCCCGUUUAACACAGGAUUGUGGAGGGGCGGAGGCAGAGACUCCACUGUCCAGCAGAAGACUGUUACAAGCAAUAACAGAACGGUUGAAGAUCCAGUAGUUUCUGAAGUUAACACAGUGCUGAUAAAGGAGGAGAUGUUUGAGGAGAACCAACCACAGCCAAGACUUUUUAUCAGAGAUGGACUUCAACAGACUUCACAGGCUAGAGUGGCAGAUUUUGGUGAUCACAUGAUGACAGAUGAGUCACAUCAGGUGUCUGGGAUACAGCAGCAUACUUUGGAGCAGCAAAAGGAAGAUGGAGAUGGGGAACCAGCAACAUUAGUUCUAAAGGAGGAUCUGAACAACCAGUGGGAAGAAAGCCGGAAACAAGAGCCCAUAAUUGUGCAUGAUGUGGAGUCAGAUACAGACAUUUGUAGCAGGACACUUUCUACCUCACCAACCAAAAACACAGUGACACUUGGAGCAGAGAAGCUUGUAGAUUUGGAUUUUUCCAUUUUGCAGGAAAAUGGAUUUGAUAGAUGCCAGAAGACCGACAUCUCGCCAUCAAUUGAAGUAGAGAUACAGGAUGUUAUGGAAUCCAGUAGUUCCAAGCAGUACCGGUACCACACAUCUGCUGUUGGACCCAGCAAACAUCUAACAGGAGAAAAAUCAUUCUACAUGAACUCAGGACACAAGGGAGCUGUGAAAAGCAGUACCAUGCCCUCAAACCAGCCUAUACUCAGCAGAGAAAAGAUCGGAACAAACUGUUUGUAUGAAAGACCAGCAGAGCAUAAAGAUCGCUUCACACGGUGGAACUCAGAGACCGCCAGCUCCUCAUCCUGCUGUUAUACAAAAGACUCUAACCAAGAUCAAGACUGUGUGCUAGUUCAGUCAGAGCCUGUAUUAUCAAUCAGAGGCUCGAAAGGGCCCAUCAGAGAAAAAGAAACAUGGAAUCAAGGUUAUAUUUUAAAGCAAGGUCAAUCUGAACUGUCAGGCCACAUCAGUAGACCAGAAGGAGUUCAGGAAGAAAUGGCAGGUACAACAAACGCCUCGUAUCUUAAUAAUACAAGUACCCAAAUAACGCCUAGUUUUUCCCAGCCUGGUGUUUCUCUCGCUGGAAUGAACCUUCCACCACACAUAGAGAAAGAUAAGCGUAAAGGCUACAUUUGUAAAUUCUGUGGGAAAGCCUUCACUGGGAUGUCCAAUGUUGUGUCCCACCAGCGGGUUCAUACAGGGGAGAAGCCCUUUAAGUGUGAUCUUUGUGGGAAGUUAUUCACAGAAGCAGGUAACCUGAAAAAACACCAGAGAGUUCACACAGGAGAAAAACCAUAUAUAUGUAACCGCUGCGGGAGGCGAUUCGCCUGGAUCUGCAACCUGAAAACGCAUCAACAGUCGGCCGCCUGUGGAGGAGUCUCGUGAUGACAGUCGUGACCGUCAGGGCUUCCCAACAUAUGCAUUUUUGUAAGCAUCCAUUGUUUAACAACUGGUGACUUGAUGUUUAUACUACCAAAGUAAAUUUGAUGCAAAUUUUAUACAAGAAUGCAGAAAGAAAAAAUGUUUUAUCGUUUCACCAUGUCCGUGAAUUGUAAUAUUAAAGAUGAACAGCUGGUGUUGCAAAAGCACAAAUACACAGA